AUGUAUUACAAUCUUAAAGCUUUGAUUAAAGCUAUAAGAGCCACUAAAACUUUAGCAGAUGAAAGAUCAGUGAUCCAAAAAGAAAGUGCAGCUAUUAGAACUAGUUUUAAAGAAGAAGAAACGGCUUAUAGGUAUAAUAAUGUGGCUAAAUUAUUGUACAUUCACAUGUUAGGACAUCCUGCUCAUUUUGGACAAAUCGAAUGUCUUAAAUUAGUUGCACAACCAAGAUUUGCCGAUAAGAGACUUGGAUAUCUUGGGAUUAUGCUUUUGUUAGAUGAAAGUCAAGAAGUUUUAACAUUAGUAACUAAUAGUUUGAAAAAUGAUAUGAAUCAUUCUAAUAUGUAUGUAGUAGGACUUGCGCUUUGUACGUUUGCGAAUAUCAGUUCAGAAGAAAUGUCAAGAGAUUUAGCAAACGAGGUAGAAAAACUUAUAGGAAGUAGUAAUACGUAUAUACGAAAAAAGGCAGCACUUUGUGCCAUGAGGAUUAUUAAGAAAGUACCUGAAUUAUUAGACCAUUUCGUAGCCAAAGCUACUUCUCUCUUAUCUGAUCGAAAUCAUGGUGUUUUACUCUGUGGAGUCACACUUGUGACAGAUAUGUGUGCCAUGGAUAGUGAUGCACUCAAAACGUUUCGUAAAGCUGUACCUUUAUUAGUGCGACAUUUGAAGGCAUUGGUCACCACUGGUUAUUCACCGGAACAUGAUGUUUCAGGUAUCACUGAUCCUUUCUUACAAGUGAAGAUUUUGAGAUUAUUGAGAGUGUUAGGGAAAGGUGAUGUGCAUGCUAGUGAGACGAUGAAUGAUAUCUUGGCUCAGGUGGCUACAAAUACAGAAUCGGCAAAGAAUGUCGGCAAUUCGAUUUUAUAUGAAGCUGUUCUGACUAUUUUGGAUAUCGAAGCCGAAUCGGGUUUAAGAGUUAUGGCUAUUAAUAUCUUGGGUAAAUUCUUGGGUAACCGAGAUAAUAAUAUUCGAUAUGUAGCUUUACAUACUUUAAACAAAGUAGUUGGGAUCGAUACAAAUGCAGUACAACGACAUCGAACCAUCAUCUUAGAUUGUUUAAGAGAUGGAGAUAUAUCGAUUAGAAGAAGAGCAUUAGAACUUUCGUAUGCAUUGGUUAAUGAACAAAACGUUCGAGUGAUGAUCCGAGAAUUAUUGGCUUUCUUAGAGGUUGCAGAUAAUGAAUUUAAAUUGGGGAUGACGACACAGAUUUGUUUGGCGGCGGAACGAUUUGCUCCUAAUAAAAGGUGGCAUAUUGAUACUAUGUUGAGGGUCUUGAAAUUGGCUGGAAACUAUGUUCGAGAAGAAGUUUUAUCUGCUUUUGUUAGAUUGAUUUGUCAUACACCUGAAUUACAAGCUUAUACAACUCAAAAAUUGUAUUUAGCUCUAAGACAAGAUGUUUCACAAGAAUCUUUAACUUUAGCUGGUCUUUGGGUUAUUGGUGAAUUCGGUGAAGUUAUACUUAGAAGUCAUGGUGGUGGUGUAAACCUUGAAUCUGAAGAACUUGUACAAGAGGUUAAAGAGACAGAUAUAGUUGAAUUAAUCGAUCUAGUACUUCUCUCACCAUACGUAAACCAAUUAAUCCGACAAUUCGCCUUAACAGCCUUGGCUAAAUUCUCAUCAAGACUUUCACCUUCAGCAUUUUCACAACAAACUAUAAAUCAAAUCCUUUCAAGAUAUAUGUCUUCAUCUGAAUUAGAAAUUCAACAAAGAGCAGUAGAGUUUAGUCAACUACUUGGAAUGUCGGAAAUCAAAACCGGGGUUUUAGAACGAAUGCCUCCACCUGAACUUAAGGCUUCGGUUAUGGGAACUGUUAGUGAGAAAAGAGCCGUUGGAUCUACAAGGGCUGAUAAAGAUUCAUUGGUUGAUCUUAUGGGAGAUGAGAUUAGUAAUACAAAUCAAGGAAAUGAGAACGCACCUGCAGUAGUAUCAACUCAAACUACACAAGACCUUUUAGCAGAUAUUUUUGGAGGAGGAGAUCCAGGAACGAACGUGACCAAUAAUCAAGGUCCACCCAAAUCAUCUGUGAAUGAUAUUCUUGGUCUCUUUAAUUCGACUUCUUCACCACCCUCAGCAAGCAGCAAUGUUCCACAACAAUCGAUGGGUUCAUCAUUAUUUGAUGAAGAUGUGAUGGGAGGAUCAAUGGUGAUGGAAAGCCCUCCGGCUCCUCCUAGUUUUGUGGCCUAUGAUCGGAACGGAUUGAAGGUUUCACUUUUACCGUCUAGAGAUCCUUCGGCUAAGAAUGUUUUGAAGAUCACCGCUCAGUUUGUUACUACGGGAAUUGAAGCUAUUAUGGGAGUUAACUUUCAAGCUGCUGUACCUAAAACUCAAAGGUUACAAAUGCUUUCGAUUUCUAAUCCAGAUAUAAUGCCAGGAGUAGUAGAAACUCAACAAUUAAGAAUCAUGUAUCCAGAAGGAGCUGCUAUUAGAUUAAGAAUUAGGAUUGGAUUUAAUUCUGGAGGUGAAAGUAAACAAGAUCAAACUGAUUUUAGUUUUCCUGCAUCUAUUACACAAUAA